AUGACCUCUCCAUCGCAACAAUUCACCUGCUAUCGACAUCUGCACUUUGUCGGCGCUAACCCGAGCAUCCUGCAUUGCGAUGUCGUUGACUCACAGGGAACGGCGCACUACCGUGUUCAGUCCAACGUGGUCAACGGGAUACUGUUGACAACGGUGACAGAUGCCGCCAAUCGCACGCUUGCCCUGAUUGAUUGGCAAAACAACCCUGCAGUCGAGAUCAGCGGCUUCCUUGGGCGAACAUCAGUAGCGGAAUGGUUGGAACGCUCCCCAGAUCUGCGAGCUCGAUAUAUGGAAGUGGGGAAAGUGCGCUAUACGUGGCAGCCCGUGGGCAAUUGCAUUUAUUUGACGAUACAGUUAUCGGCCGAUCUCUCGACGCCGCCGCACAUUUUAUGCCGGGUUAGCAAGACUGGGGCGGAGGUUUCUUUGGAGCUCGACAGCGAUGCUUCACGUCUUGGCAUCGAGCUGCCGGCUGCGGUCGCUACUAUCGUACUUAUGAGCGGCAGGAAUAUUGAUUGA